AUGGCGACUGCUGGGUUAAAACUACUAGAAGAAAUCGACGAGAACUUUCUCAUCUGUGCCGUUUGCUCUGAGCGGUACAGAGAUGCGAGAAUUCUACCGUGUUUGCACAGCUUCUGUGAACAGUGUAUCGAUAAGCUCGUUGAGAAAGCCGGUGGAAAGACGGUAUUAUGUCCCAUUUGCAGACGAGGUCAUGACCUGCCUGAAGGACUGGCAAGUAUUCCCAACAACUUUUUUCUGAAUGAACUCGUUGUUUUAUUCGCUGACAGAAAAAGGGAAGAUAAACAUGCCACAGAGGAGAUACAGUGUGGAAGUUGUGAGAAAAGAACAGCAAAGAGUAGAUGUCUGGACUGCGCAAUUGGGCUUUGUGAUGACUGCACCCAUGGGCAUAAACAGAUUUAUUGUUUAAAGUCUCACCGUCUGAUGUCGCUUGAAACAUUCAAUAAUAUACGAUCCACUGACCCAGCUAAAGUACAGCCCCCACUUUACUGUACCAAUCACCAUGACAACCAGGUGAAGUUUUACUGUGAUUCGUGUGACGUUCUAAUAUGUUUGGAGUGCACUGCCCUGGAUCACGUACGAACUGAACAUAACUACCGAUACCUGAGCGAUGCAGCCUCAGAAUAUAAAGGGUAUCUAGUUGAGAUGGUGGAGAAGUUGAAAGAAAAAGAAACGCAAGCAACUGGCAGUAAACAGGAAGUUAAACGUACAGCAGAAUCUUUAGAGAAUCAAUUCGAAACAGAGAAAAAGAAAUUAAAUCAGCACAUUGAAAAGACAAUUGAAGUGAUCACAGUCAAGAUCCGUAAAAAUGGAAAUAAACUGAUGGAGGAAAUGAAACACGAAUAUGAAUCCCGGAAGGAGAACUUAAAAGCACAAAUUAAAGAGCUUGAAAUUGCAGAGAAUGACAUGAAGCAUGCAAGUGACUUGGGAGAGAAACUGAUGCAUUAUGGGAAUGCUUCACAGAUGAUGUCAGCCAGGAAGAGAAUGACGUCACAGAUUAAUUAA